UUCAGUCGUUGGCCGCAGAAUUUUCGAGUAUUCUUGCAUCACCACUAAUGAAUAUAUGUUUGAAUAGGGUGCUAAUUAGGUUAGGCUUUCGAUUAGUUCGUACCCAACUCAACAUCUGUAGUGCCUGCUGAACUUUCGAGAUAUACGUCUUCGCUUGAGAGCCAAAACAAUAUAUUGUCUGAUGUCGUUGACGUCAUUAUGAGUGGCACGAGAAUGUGGUGGUGAAAGCCAAUUACAGUCGAAUUGCUAGAUCUGUUGGGCUGCCCUUGUUGCUGGGGUGUGGUUGUCUUUCAAGUAUGUGCGCUUAAGAGCAGGAUGGGAAAAGGAUCUAUUGGUAGUGGUUAUGACUGCGAGGAGGAAUUGAGAGAGGACGAAGAGGAGGAGAGUCAAGAGGAAGCGGGAGAGGAAGAAGAGGAGGAAGAGAGAGAGGAAGAAGAGGAUGAAGAGGAGGAAGAGGAAGAAGGGGUGAAUGUGAGGGAAGAUGAUGAAGCUGAAUCUCAAAAAGCACAAAAUGUGGCCGCUUUGAUAAGGGGUGAUGUGCAAGUGAAUAGACAGGCAUUGCUCCCGAAAGUCCUUACAGUAUCAGAUGCAGCAGUAGUUAUCAGGAGACCAUUCAAGUCUCCAUGCCCUAAAGCUUCCUCUGGUUCCAACAUCGAGCUUCUUCGUCGUCUUUCAGCUCGGAAGCGUUUUAUCCCAUGGGGUUGUUCAAGAUCACCACUCACUUCUAUCACAAAUACACCAAUACCACUUGCCCCUGCGAAAGAGGAGGAGCCUCUCAAGAUAGAGCUCCCUCCAGGGGUUGAGCCUCUGGUUUUGUGGCAGCCAGAUGAGAAUGAUGGGGGUUCUGAAGAAGGACCAGCUGAAAAACUACAACCUAUCAUUGUGGAUCCUCACCUUACAAAAUUCUUGAGACAACAUCAAAGGGAAGGUGUUCAGUUUAUGUUCGAGUGCGUAGCUGGUCUUCGUGGCAUGGCGAUAUCAAAAGACGAGAAGGCUACUUCUGGUGGUUGCAUUCUUGCAGAUGACAUGGGAUUGGGCAAAACUCUGCAAUCGAUCACUCUUAUGUGGACGCUGUUGAAACAAGGCUUUGAUGGGAGGCCAAUGGCAACGAGAGUUGUAAUUAUCACUCCAACUAGUCUUGUGAGCAAUUGGGAACAGGAAAUUACCAAAUGGCUGAGUCACAGUACUGUGAAUGUGCUGGCUAUGUGUGAGUCAACCCGAUCAGAUGUCCUUCAGGGAAUUUCUACUUUUCUCUCGCCACAGAACUUUUAUCAGGUUCUUAUCAUUUCAUACGAAACUUUCCGCAUGCAUGCAGCAAGAUUUGAGAAAGAAGGUAGCUGCGACCUUCUCAUUUGCGACGAAGCUCACAGGCUCAAAAACGACAAGACACUUACUAACCAGGCUCUCGCUUCUCUUCCAUGCUUUAGGCGUGUGCUAUUAUCUGGUACUCCUAUGCAGAAUGACCUAGAGGAGUUUUAUGCUAUGGUCAAUUUUACAAAUCCUGGAGUUCUCGGCAAUGCAAGCACUUUUCGUAAAUACUAUGAGAACCCAAUUCUGACCGGGCGGGAGCCUGAUGCUACUGAUGAAGCCAGGGCAAUAAGUAUUGAACGAUCAGCAGAGCUUAGUGAGAAAGUGAAUCAGUUCAUAUUACGGCGGACAAAUGCUUUACUAUCAAAUCACUUGCCACCUAAGAUAGUAGAGGUUGUUUGUUGUAAAUUGACGGAGCUUCAAACGAGUCUAUAUCGACACUUCAUACGGUCAAAGAAUGUUCGUCAAGCCUUGGAAGACCAGACAAAGCGAGCUAAAGUAUUAGCAUCAAUUACAGCAUUGAAGAAGUUAUGCAAUCAUCCGAAGCUCAUCUAUGACACCAUUCGUGCUGGUGGAUCUGAAGCUGCUGGAUUUGGUGACUGCCUGAAAUUGUUUCCACCACACUUGGUCGCUAGCCGGAGUAGCUCGUGGCCUGACUGGAUUGAAUUGUCCGGGAAGAUGGCAGUAUUAGCUCGAUUGCUUUCGGAGCUGCGCUGCAAGACUGAUGACCGCAUCGUUCUCGUCUCGAACUACACCCAGACUCUCGAUUUAUUUGCUCAGAUUUGCCGUGAGAGGAACUAUCCAUUUGUGAGACUGGACGGGACUACCUCAAUUGGUAAACGGCAAAAGUUGGUUUCUAGGUUUAAUGACCCGAAUCAGAACGAGUUCGCUUUCCUUCUAAGUAGCAAAGCAGGAGGCUGCGGUUUGAAUUUGAUUGGAGGCAAUCGAUUGGUGCUAUUUGAUCCUGAUUGGAAUCCUGCAACUGAUAAACAGGCAGCAGCUCGAGUUUGGAGGGAUGGGCAAAAGAAAAGAGUAUAUGUUUAUCGGUUUCUUGCCAGUGGAAGCAUUGAAGAAAAGGUAUUCCAACGCCAGAUGUCUAAAGAGGGCCUUCAGAAGGUAGUUGAUAAAGAACAAUCAACUGACGCUAAAGCGCAGGUUAACAUGUUGUCUACCGAUGAUCUCAGAGACUUGUUCACACUUCGUGAAGACGUUAGGUCUGAUACGCACGAUUCGAUUAGCUGCGAACGGUGUGACGCGGAAGGUGGCCCUGGGGAGAUGACAAGCACUUCCGACAUCUCUGCUGUCAUGGUUGAGGACAUUGGAGAGUUUGCUAAGGUCGCUGGAUGUGCUGGCAAGCUGAGAUCGUGGGAGAGACAGGUUGGAACACCUGCUGAAGAAGACCUCUUGAGCUGGGCUCAUCACUCUGAUUCUUCCACCAUCCCUGAUGCCAUGCUGGAGGCUGCUUCUAGAAAUCAGAUUUCAUUUACCUUUACCUGCCAGAUUGAUGGCAAACUCACCCCCAUCGACAGUUUUCCACGCUCAUCGGCACUCUAUACUACUCCCUCCUUGAAGGCUAGAGCAUGUGCAAUACCUGUUACUAGAACGUUGCGUGAUCCCAAGAUCUCACAAACCCCGAAUUCAUUUACCAGUGGGCCCAGCACGAAUAUUAGGGAAGAGCUUGGGGCAGUUACUACAGCCCAGUCAAUUCUACGUGGGCUGCCUCCUUCUGCAAGAAAAGCUGAAGCACCUGGGAUCGUUACUCCACCAGCGAGGUCGAUUCUGCGUGGACUUCCCCCUUCUGCAAAAAAAUCGCCUGCGACCGUGUUGCCGCGAACGCCAGUCUUGCCUCCCAAGAAGCGCCCAAAGAUCACUAUUGUCCACAAAGCUAGCAGACACAUUGCUGCUUCACAACAUUCGUCAGACGAGAGCAGUGCCUCUGAAUUUGUAGCUGACGAUGACGAAGAUGACAACGACGAAGACUUUGCCUGAUAAUUAGCGUGCAAUUGCGGCCUGUAUUAUAAUUUUGCGACUAGAUAAUGAACUCUGGCAAUUUUUUUCUUAACGUUUAUCUACCUAUUAUCCUUGUCGAAACCCAUGGUGGGUCACUCAACCUGAGAUGUCAACCAUUUAUUCUUUCAAAGCACUUUACACAUGUAAGGAAUAUUGAUUUCACCUUC